AUGGCGCGGGCGGCGGGCGCGCGGGGCCGGGUCGCGCGGUGCGGGCGCUGCGGGCGCCGCGCGCUGGUCGCCUUCGCCGCGUGGACCGCGGGCUGGGUGCUGGCGGCCGCGCUGCUGCUCCGCGCGCACCCGGGCGUCCUCUCCGAGCGCUGCACGGACGAGAAGAGCCGGCGCAUCCUGGCCGCGCUGUGCCGGGACUACCAGGGUGGCUGGCUCACGGGUGGCCUGUGUGAGGAUCUGUGUGUGGCAGGGCACCUGCUGUACCAGCGCUGCCUGUACUACGAGCGAGGCAAGAAGGUGCUGCAGGCUGAGUGGCGGGGCCGGCCUGUUGUCCUCAAGUCCAAGAGGGAGGCCUUCUCCAGCUUCCCACCCCUCGGCCUACUGGAGGAGGAGGCUGGGCCCGGGGACCAGGGCACCCCGGAGGCAGAGCUGCUCCUGUUAGUGGCAGGGGAGGUCAAGAACACUCUAGGCCUGGAGCUGCCCAACAGCAGCGUGGGGUCCCUAUGGCCAGCCCGGCGGGGCCCUGGCUGGCGGCGGCAGCUGGCCAGCGCAUGGUCCCUGCUCCAGCAGGAGGAAUACGUGUACUUCAGUCUCCUGCAGGACCUGAGCCACCAUGUCCUGCCUGUGCUGGGCUCCUGUGGCCACUUCUACGCAGUAGAGUACCUGCCUACUGGCAGUCCCCACCACACAGCUCUCUUCCCCCUGGAUGACACUGCUCACCAGGGGGGCCAAGCCCAGGCCAUCAGUCACAUCGCCCUCAGCUUCCUGGACAUGGUGAGCCAUUUUGACAAUGACUUCUCCCACCGCCUCCACCUCUGCGACAUCAAGCCUGAGAACUUUGCCAUCCGGAGCGACUUCACGGUGGUGGCUAUCGAUGUGGACAUGGCCUUUUUUGAACCUAAAAUGAGGGAGAUCCUUGAGCAAAAUUGUACAAGAGAUGAAGACUGCAGUUUCUUUGACUGCUUUUCAAAGUGUGAUUUGCGAGUAAACAAGUGUGGAGCUCAGCGUGUCAACAGCAACCUGCAGGUGAUCUGUGACAAAAUAUUCCGCCACUGGUUCCCCUCAACUCUCAAGAGCCCCAGCCCUGCCGUCUCCCCCCAGCUUUGGCUGCAGCUACAGCAGGCGGUGCAGCAGUGUGCAGAGCCAGGAGGCCCUGCCGGGAACUCCUGGAGAACGGCCCCCAGCGUGUUCUGGAAGCUUCGCUGGCUUCUUCAGGCCAUGCUGAGGGAGCUGCAGAAGGUGCAGACGUAG